GAUGGAUUGAUGGAUGCUUAAUGAAUAUCGAUAGAUAAAUGACAUGAUUUUUUUUUUUGAACCGUCAAAUAUAAAUAUAUAAUCUACUCUGAAAUUAACAUCUAAUUUCAUUUAUGGACGAGGAGACUUGUUGAACCAUCGACUUAGAGUACACCACCUCAUAUGGUAAAAAAGAGAAAAUUUCAAACAUAAGGGAACAAACGAACAAAUUAUUCAUUUGUUUGCUCCAGUUUUUCAAAAUUCCCAAUAAACAAAAUAAAACCCUAAAAUCAUAAACAUCUAUUCAAUUUUAUUUCAUUUUCUUGGUUUCUACGAGAUAGAGAGAUGCAUCUAUGGCCAUCGAAGACAUUGAGGGCUUCGUUCAAGUUAGAGUACUUGAAUAAUCUUGAAUGGAACUUACGGAGGAUGAAAAGUGAGAAAAAUAACAAGAAUCAAUCUUCGGGGAGCAGCAACGAGGAGAAAUUGUUGAGUGAUGGUACCAGUAGUCAGAAUCGAAAUAGUAUGGAUUGUUCUCGUGCUUGUGGUGCUGUUCUCAGGGAUCUUCUUAUCAUCUUCUCUUGCUGUUACUGCUGUGGAGCUUGUACUGAUUAGUGAGUGAUAUGCUGACCAUGGAAAGUGGAAACAGCUUUGUACAAACAAGAUUUUAGAUGAAAUGAUAAGAGUGUCGUAUGUUAGUCUUCUUCAGACCUUCUCCUUGGUGAAAGUAAAACUCUUAAUCUCGGAGAUGACCAGAUGUGAAUCCUAUUGAUUUUGCAAUUACAAUGAAUGUAUAAAGGUCUAUUUUGUUAAUACAGUUCUUGACUUGAAAUUUGAUCAUUGCUCA